AUACACAUUGAGUUUAAUGGUGACGUGUUUAUCUUGGUGUAAAAUACACCAAUACACAAAAAAGUGACUUUGUAGUGUUCCCCCUUCUCUCCCAGUUUAGGCAAUAUAGGAAUACACAUUGAGUUUAAUGGUGACGUGUUUAUCUUGGUGUAAAAUACACCAAUACACAAAAAGUGACUUUCUAGUGUUCUCCCUUCUCGUUUCUCCCUACGACAACCCUGCGAGGUAGGUCGGGCUGAUCCCAAUCACUCAUACAUUUCUGUGGCUGAGGGAUUAGUUCCCGGGUCUCAUUGGUGCCACACGCUGGUUACCAUCCACUACUGCUAAAAACAUUUUCACCAAUUCAAAAUUAGAGCAACACUUUUGCACAUUAUAUUCGUCCGCGCUAAUGAAGAUGAAUAUACAAAAAAUACCGUAAAGAAUUUUAAAAUCUGGGUUUAAAAAAAUACGGAGAACUAGCCUACAGAAAGACAUUUUAAAAACCCUCCAAUUCCUUGUUGCCAUCUAUCGGCGGUCCGGAUUUUUGCAGCUCAGAAAGGGACACUUUAUCUGCAAGCUAUUAUUUAUGAGAACACUUACUGUCCAGAGCUGAAAGAUUUGACUGUCCUAUUGCUGACGUAACCAUUCGAAUACAAAAGAGGCAAAGAGAUGAAAGAGCGAAACAUUGUAGCCAAUCCCUUCCAAGCCCGGGAAAUUCGAACGUACUCAGCCAAUCAAAAGAGGAGGACUCCGCUAUAAAUAUACUCAGCCUUCAAGCGUCUAGCCUGUUUUCUUGUUUCGUCUUCAUCGGGAUCGCUUGCUCUAUAGGCGAACAAUGGCCCGUACUAAACAGACUGCUCGGAAGUCUACCGGAGGAAAAGCUCCUCGCAAGCAGUUGGCUACCAAGGCUGCCCGGAAAAGCGCUCCAGCCACCGGUGGGGUGAAAAAGCCUCAUCGUUACCGCCCCGGCACUGUCGCCUUAAGAGAAAUCCGUCGUUACCAGAAAUCGACCGAGCUGCUCAUCCGUAAGCUCCCCUUCCAGCGCUUGGUCAGAGAGAUCGCCCAAGAUUUCAAGACCGAUCUCCGUUUCCAGAGCUCCGCUGUGAUGGCCCUGCAGGAAGCCAGCGAGGCUUACCUCGUGGGCCUCUUCGAAGAUACCAACCUGUGCGCCAUCCACGCCAAGAGGGUGACGAUUAUGCCGAAAGAUAUCCAGCUGGCGCGCCGCAUCCGCGGGGAGAGGGCUUAAGUGGUCUCUCGCCAGUUGCGCAAAGCGCAACAAAGCAAUCCAAAAGGCUCUUUUAAGGGCCACCCACGUAUAUCAAGGAAAGGGCUGCUGUUUUGCUUCUGCUGAAAACGGCCACGCGGUUUGCAGUACACGUGGACUUUCUUCAAAAAAAGAUACCAAGAGAUUUCAUUGUAGGAAGACAUGGGUGCAUAUAAUUGUGUAGCUAGAAGGAAGAAAAGUUUUUUUUUUAAUGAAAGACAUCUUGAUUAAACUAAACGAUAAAACUAUAGUUUUGCUUCUUUAGGUCACAUUUGUAAAGAUUUUAGUUUGAUUCCCAUAUUUGAAUAGCAUACACCAGUUGCAAUUAGAAUGUUUGUAAGGAACAUGUUUUAAAUAACUGCCUUUUUAUGCUAGUGUUGGACAGUAUUUGAGACAGGGUUUGAAUUUUGACCUGUAUUCUGCCCAGACAGCUACUGUGGGAGAUUUUCAUUUUCCCAGAAUAACUUAAUCUGAUGGGCAAAGUUUGUUGGAUACAUUAAUUCAUAGGAAUUAAACUGUAUAUAUGUAAUUGCAUUAUCUUUGUAGAUAUGCCACACACUUAAAAUAAAAUUCAUAG